AUCCGAGAGCAUUAGUAUUUGAAAUGAAAAUUAAGUUUAGCGCCUUUUUGUUGAAGCGAAAGCGUGCAGCGACUGUAAUUCCAAUCCAAGAGCUGCGUCACCUUCAAACCUCUGAAAACUCGCUCACAGAAAGCCUCAAGAAAUCCAAAACCUCUUCACACUCUCACAUGUCUAAAACCCUUCUCUCUCGCAUCAAACCCCUUCAAAACCGAAAGCCCACUUCUUCUUCUUCUUCUUCUUCUUCUUCUCCACCACCUCCCCACGUCAAGAGACUCGUCAAUGACACCAUCCAAAUCCUCAGAACCCAACAUCAUUGGGAGCAAUCUCUCGAAACCCAAUUCUCCGAAACCGAAAUGCUUGUUUCCGACGUUGCCCAUUUCGUUUUGGACCGAGUGCACGAUGUAGAAUUGGGUUUGAAGUUCUUUGACUGGGCAUUCAAGCGAUCCUACUGCUGCUCUCCAGAUGGGUCUGCGUAUUCUUCGCUGUUAAAGCUUCUGGCGAGGUUUCGGGUGUUUUCGGAGAUCGAUUUGGUGAUGGAUAAGGUGAAAUUGGAAGAAGUAAAGCCGACCCAUGAUGCGUUGAGCUUUGUAAUUAGAGCUUAUGCGGACUCUGGGAUGGUUGGUAAAGCUCUUGACUUGUAUGAUAUUGUGGUUAAGGUGUAUGGUGUAGUUCCGAGUGUUUUCGCGUGUAAUUCGUUGUUAAAUGUUCUUGUGAAAAGUAGGAGAGUUGACGUUGCACGCCGGGUGUAUGACGAAAUGGCUGAGAGAGGUGGCCGUGAGCAUUUGUGUAUGGAUAACUAUAGUACUUGUAUAAUGGUGAAGGGGUUGUGUAAGGAAGGGAGGGUUGAGGAAGGUAGAAAAUUAAUUGUGGAUAGGUGGGGAAAGAGUUGUGUACCAAAUGUUGUUUUUUACAAUACGCUUAUUGACGGAUAUUGCAAAAAAGGUGAUGUCGAAAGUGCUAAUGUGAUUUUUAAAGAGUUGAAAUCGAAGGGGUUUUUGCCCACUCUGGAAACUUAUGGAGCUAUGAUAAAUGGGUAUUGCAAAGAAGGAAAGUUUAAAGCGAUUGAUCGGCUUUUCAUGGAAAUGAAGGAGAGAGGCUUGCAUAUUAAUGUUCAAGUACGUAAUAAUAUUGUUGAUGCUAGAUGUAAGCAUGGUAGCUUGGUUAAAGGAGUGGAGACAGUAAAGCAGAUGAUUGAGAGUGGUUGUGAGCCAGAUAUUACAACCUACAAUAUUUUGAUUCAUAAUUCAUGCAAGGGUGGGAAGGUUAAGGAAGCUGAACAGUUUAUAAACCACGCGAUGGAGAGAGGAUUGGUGCCAAAUAAAUUUAGUUAUACUCCUCUUUUUCACACUUAUUUCAGACAACGGGAGCACAGAAGGGCCUUGGAUUUGUUUACUAAGAUUACAGAAAGAGGAUACAAACCUGAUCUGGUUUCUUAUGGAGCUCUCAUCCAUGGACUUGUUGUUUCUGAGGAAGUCGAUGUUGCAAUGGCAGUUCAGGACAGAAUGAUGGAAAGUGGAGUAGUCCCUGAUGCUCACAUUUACAAUGUUUUGAUGAGUGGCCUUUGUAAGAAAGGGAGGCUUCCUACUGCCAAGUUGCUGCUUGGUCAGAUGCUUGACCAAAAUGUACCACCAGAUGCAUAUGUUUAUGCCACUCUGGUGGACGGGUUAAUCAGAAAUGGUGACCUUGAGGAAGCAAAAAAUAUAUUUGGGUUAACUAUUGAAAAGGGUCUAAACCCCGGUGUUGUGGGGUACAAUGCUAUGAUUAAGGGUUUCUGCAAAUUUGGAAUGAUGAAGGAUGCACUUUCUUGCUUUGAGAAAAUGCGGAAAGUGCAUCAUCGUCCUGAUGGGUUCACGUAUUCUACAAUUAUUGAUGGGUAUGUCAAGCAGCAUAACUUGGAUGCUGCUCUAAGUUUCUUUGAACUGAUGGUCAAACAGGGAUGCAAGCCAAAUGUGGUCACAUACACCUCCUUGAUCUAUGGGUUUUGCCACAAGGGAGAUUCCUGCGGAGCUGUAAAAACUUUCAAAGAGAUGAAAUCCUGUGGCUUGGAGCCAAAUGUAGUCACAUAUAGCAUACUUAUUGGAACAUUUUGCAAGGAAGGUAACCUUGCAAAUGCCGCCUCCUUUUUUGAACUAAUGCUGAAGAAGAAGUGCAUUCCUAAUGACGUCACCUUCCAUUAUCUGGUAAAUGGGUUCACAAACAAUGAACCUGGUGCGAUUCCGAAGGAAGUCAACGAGUCCCAACAAAAUGAAAAAUCUAUUUUUCUGGGGGUUUUCAGAAGGAUGAUAUCAGAUGGAUGGUUUCAAAAGGUUGCUGUUUAUAAUUCCAUUAUCAUUUGCCUUUGCCAUCAUGGGAUGGUUAAAACUGCAUUACAGCUGUGUGAAAAGUAUGUUAAUAAUGGCAUCCUUCUAGAUUCUGUUUCGUUUGCUGGUCUGCUGCAUGGUAUUUGUUUGGAAGGAAGAUCCAAGGAAUGGAAGAGCAUCAUCCCUUUUAACUUGAAGGAUCGGGAAUUCCAAACUGCUGUCAAAUUCUCGCGUAUAAUAGAUGAUUACUUACAUCAAGGAAGAGAAUCUGAGGCUACACUUAUUUUGCAGUCAAUGGUUAACGAUCUUAUGUCUCGAGACCAAGAGGUGGAUCUUAAAGACAUAAAAAGAUAGGGAAGAACAUCAUCUUUGUUUUCCUCGCAAGUGAUUUGUCAGUCAGUACAGGUAGGUUAGCACUACAACGUGAAGUCAAUUUUCCAUCCGGUGGCUUGAUAAGCCAAUCAUAACUUCAUGAGAAUUGGUUCUCGGGGAUCUAAAUGAGUUUAUGUGCCUCCAUGUACAAAUCUUUCGUUUGGUGCCUCUCAACUACAUAUUCAUAUACUUGCAGAUCAGAUGUAAUUAUGUUGAAUGACAGCAAUCAUACAUGUUAGCAGGAUACUCCAGCAAUGUGAAUUUUGCAUCUGAGGUAUUAAAGCCAAGGAAGAUUUAUUGUCAAUUAUACUGCAGGGUGGUGAGCCUGUGAAGGAAGUGGUUACGGUGGUUAAGUUCUUCAUCAGCUUCAUGUAGACCAGAAUAAUUCUGAACUUUUGUGGUAGGUCAUUUCGAGGGCGUGUCAUGAACUGAAAACUGCCUCCAAUAAUCUCUAUCCACACUCCUCUCAGCUUCUCGAGUAGACUAUAUUGGUGCUUCUCUUCUGUUCCGCCCUGCCCUGGGAGUCUGAUUUUCAGUGUAAUAGGGAGUCCCAUCCAGAUGCUCCAUUUGUUAAUUUAACUAUGUAGGCAAUCUCAUAAACAACUGCUGAUGAGAGCUCUGACACCUUGAACUGUCCUUGGACAUCUAGGUUGCGUACACCCGUUAGUUUGGCUACCUCAAUGUUGUCCUCACUGUGAAUCAAAGACAUACAAAUUCUCUUUUUUCAUAUAUAAAAAGGUGCCCAGAAGACACGAGUUCAAUUCCGCUUGAGAAAUUCGUCAGGCUCCUUAUAACAAUUCCAAACCCAGUAUGGAGGACCACCCCAAGUGAUGGCUAAAGACCUUGUGUAUAACAAUACACACGAAAUAAUUUGAUUCGGUAAUAUACUAAUAAAUAUAUUUGCUUGUUAGAUAUAAUUUAUAUG